AUGACGACGACAGAUAUCCCGCCGAGCGAGACUGUCGAGGAAGACCGCCGCGCCUCGUUUGACGCGGCGUGGCGCGAGCUCGCGAUGGUGCUGGAGGACUUGCACCCUCUCGACGAAGAUGGCAACAGCCUCAUGCAAUUUACGUGGCACACGGCGCCGAUGACAGCAUUUCUCACGCGCCUCAAUGCCAUGUCGACGACCGACUUGCCGCAUUGGCUGCAUACGCUGCCGCCCGCCGUGACGUUCGAGUCAUUCACGAACGACGUCUUUGACGUGAUUGGGCAAGACGCGAGCCAAGUCACGGUGCCAGUGUGGGUCACACUCACGGCACCACCUGGUAUCGUGAGCGUGAUAGGGCGUUUUACGGUGCUCUGGCUCCACCGCGCCCUCCAAGCGUGCAUGGACGACGGUGACGGCGACCUCGUCACGGUCUAUGUCAUGUACGAGCGCUCUCGCCGUCUCCGUAUGGGCUUUAUGGUGCCCUUGAAGCAGCCGUCUGGUCCUUAAGUCAGGACGCUCUAGUGCUUAACCCGAAUGCUUUUAUUCCUGC